AUGAGUAUUCCUCGACCCAACGGAAAGGUCAAGUGAGUAUCUCUCAAGCUCCGCCGUCCGCGUGGUCUCGUUCGCGCGACGUGCAUUUGCCGCCCCACUUGACAGCAGCACCGCCGCGUCGGAUUCCGCGGUGCGGCCGAUCCGACUGGACUGACCUGAAACGAACGUACCCGCAUCGGCAGUGUCGGCUACUUCACCGCAUGGGGGAUCUACGCAAGGGGUUACAAGCCCUUCCCGAACGUCGUACCCGUCGAAUCCCUGACCCACAUCUUGUACGCGUUCGCCAAGAUCGACUCGGACGGCUCGGUCACGCUGAGCGAUCCUUGGGCGGAUGAACAGGCGAGUCGACGGGCUUAGUUGAUGUUGCUGUGGAGUCAAGCUAAUCCGGUUCAUUUCAACAGAUCCACUUUGAUGGUGACGACUGGAACGAGCCGGGCAAUAACCUAUGUCAGUCUCCUGAUUUGCCACGGCUUGACCCCUAUUCCCUUGCAACUCAUCACUCAAUUUGCCUCUCCCCCCUGAUGUGCAGACGGCAACCUCAAGCAACUCUACCUCCUGAAAAAGAAGAAUCGCCACCUCAAGAUCCUACUCUCCAUCGGUGGAUGGACCUACUCCCCGUCUUUCGCUGAGCCGUGCUCGACCCCACAUGGCCGAAAGAAAUUCGUCGAGACGAGCGUCAAACUGUUGGAGGAUUAUGGAUUGGACGGGCUAGACAUCGAUUGGUGGGUUGUUUACUAAUUGCACCCACUUCGGUUGAGGCUGAUGCCAUCUGUGUUGGUUCCAUUAGGGAAUACCCCAAGGACGACUCGCAAGCCCGUGAUUACGUUGCGCUACUGCGAGAACUCCGCCUGGCUUUGGACGCCCAUGCCCAGCGUAAGCGGUUGCAGCCGCACCAGGGAUACGAGCUGAGUAUCGCUGCGGUACGCAUCUCACUCGCAAUAGAUCGCGACCCACAUCGUCCGUGCUAACUUCUUCCCCACAUGCGCAGCCAUGCGGGCCCGAGCAUUUCGAAAAGCUACGAAUUCGCGAGAUGGACCUUUACCUUUCCUUCUGGAACCUCAUGGCCUACGACUACUCCGGUUCAUGGGACACCAACGCGGCCCACCAGGCGAAUCUGUUCAAUCGCAACCCACAAGGGUUGUCGACUGAUCGAGCGCUUCGGCAUUAUACGAGCCAGGGCGUCAGUGUCGACAAGUUGGUGAUGGGAAUCCCGUUGUAUGGACGGAGCUUUUGCAAUACCGAUGGUCGUGAGUCAUAGGAAGGCUUCUUCGAAGCGCCCGAAAGGACUACUUACUGUCAUCGGUUCUGCAUAGCCGGCUGCCCGUACAACGGUGUGGGUGAAGGAUCGUGGGAGAAAGGUGGGUCUCGUUUUCACCAAUCAGCACCGUGUCCUGGACGGUUGCUCAUCCAACCCCACUUUCGCCAAUAGGCACAUACGACUACAAAGCCCUCCCUCUCCCCUCCUCAAGUGAGACCUUUGAUCCCCACCUCGUGACCGCACAUUGCUACUCCCCUUCAAAACGCGAAUUCGUAACCUACGACAACGCCGUCUCAGCGCAAGCUAAAGCCGAAUUCAUAAACACCAACGGUCUUGCCGGAGCGAUGUACUGGGAAUUGUCGGGUGAUCGGGACAAAGGAUCGCCGGGUAAUUUGGUCGAGUUGGUCGGGAGGACGAUGGGCCAGUUGGAUACGAGGCAGAAUUGCUUGCUUUAUAGCGAGAGCAAGUGGGAUAACGUGCGGAAGGGCUUCUAG